ACAAAUUUAGCCCUUGACGGUUUCCUAUUUUGGGUUGGUCCAAAUUUUGUGUUAUAUGCCAAAUCGCAGCCAUUUGUAAAAUUGUGGUUUUCUGCGGCCUUUAUUUCAAGGAUUUUUCAGGAUUAACUCGAAGGUCAUAUUCUCUCCAAGCAGUGACCAUGCGAUAAUAUGAUGCAGAGACCACAUAUCGAGGAUGCAACAGGUCGCCGGAUCAUUCAAGGGGAAAGUCCGGCUCUCUUUCCUGCAGGCAGACUUGUUUCAGGGUCGGACCUGUCUACCAACCCAAGGUUUCCAGCAGCAGAGGCCAUGACGGGCGGGCUGCAGUUUCCAGGAAUGCAGGGUUUCCCAGGCAGCCAAGCUGGACACCCCCACUCAUCUCCCAUCCAGCAGCUAUCAUCCGGGUUACCUGGAGCUGGGGGAGGAUUACCCCACCCACCCACAGCACAGGUACAUGCAGCCCAAGUCCAAGGUCAGCAGCAGCAGUUUCAGAGGUUAAAAGUCGAGGACGCUCUUUCCUACCUUGAUCAGGUGAAACUGCAGUUCGGGAACCAGCCUCAAGUCUACAACGACUUCCUAGAUAUUAUGAAGGAGUUUAAGUCGCAAACAAUCGACACCCCUGGUGUCAUCAACAGAGUCUCAAACCUGUUCAAAGGCCACCCAGAGCUUAUUGUGGGGUUCAACACAUUUCUCCCGCCCGGCUACAAAAUUGAGGUUCAAGCCAAUGAGAUCAACGUCCACCAGCCUGGUCAGCAGACCGUGUCAAUAUCGACGCUGAAUCAGAUGGCACAGGCCGCAGCAAACUCACAGCAACAUCAAAAGCCCAUACAGAGCCAUGUAUCAAACCAGCAGUCUCACACGAGUCAGCCCUCACAGCAUGCCUACCAUCAGCCUCCGCGGCCCGCACCUGACACUGCGGCACAACAGAACACCCAGCCCGGACAACAACCUGUGGAGUUCAACCAUGCCAUCAACUAUGUGAACAAAAUCAAGAAUCGUUUCCAAGGCCAGCCGGAGAUAUACAAGGCGUUUUUGGAGAUACUACACACAUAUCAGAAGGAACAGAGAACCAUUAAGGAGGGAGGAAUGAUGUUCCUUUCCGCUGCAUUCCAGGGCGUGUCCCACUUCCCAUUCCAAGGGACAGGGGUACCGCCGGGACACAAGCCCCUGACUGAGGCAGAGGUUUACGCGCAGGUGGCCAAGCUUUUCCAGAACCAGGAAGAUCUGCUUGCAGAGUUUGGACAGUUUUUGCCCGACGCGAAUGGAUCGUCAGCUUUCUCCGGAUAUUCGCUGUUUGGAGAGUCAGUGCUAGGCGUUCGCAACGACCACUCCUCAACAGUAAAGAAACCAGGCUUCGGUAACAAGACUCCAGGAUCUAAAAGCACCAACCAGCUCCGAAGGUCCAUAUCUUCCAGUGCCCAGCAGCCCAUUAUAAAGAAACCCAGGAUCGGUACUUUGAAGGAUGUAUCACUGGCAGAGGCAGGAAAAUGGGGCACGCUCAAUGAAUAUGCUUUCUUUGACAAGGUCCGAAAGGCAUUACGACACCAGGAAGUCUAUGAGAACUUUCUCCGGUGUCUGGUGUUGUUCAAUAACGAGGUCAUAUCUAGGGCUGAAUUGGUGCAGCUUGUGCAGACAUUUCUUGGGAAAUUCCCCGAGCUAUUCAAAUGGUUUAAAGAUUUCCUGGGCUACAAGGAGUCCGGUGGGUCGGUGGAGGCAGUCCCUCAGGGGGCCUCUGGAAAGGAGAGGAUCAGUGGAGACCUUGCCAUGGAGAUAGAUUAUGCGACGUGUAAGAAGUAUGGUGCGAGUUACCGAGCUUUACCUAAAUCAUACAUGCAGCCCAAGUGUUCAGGGCGGACCCCGCUAUGUAGAGAGGUGUUAAACGAUACAUGGGUGUCAUUCCCCUCCUGGUCAGAGGAUUCCACGUUCGUGACGUCACGGAAAACACAGUUUGAGGAGCACAUCUACAGGUGUGAGGAUGAAAGAUUCGAGCUGGAUGUGGUAAUCGAGACGAACCUGUCCACAAUACGUGUUCUGGAGUCUGUACAGAAGAAACUCACCAGAAUGGCUCCAGAAGAUGCGGCGAAAUUCAAACUCGAUAAUUGUCUUGGUGGGACAUCCGAAGUGUUACAUAGGAAAGCCAUUCAGAGGAUAUAUGGUGACAAGGCUCCAGAUAUAGUCGACGGUCUCAAGAAAAACCCGGUUGUAGCUGUACCUCUUGUGCUCAGAAGAUUAAAAGCAAAGGAAGAAGAAUGGAGAGAAGCCCAGCGGAACUUCAAUCGAAUCUGGCGCGAACAGAACGAAAAAUAUUACCUGAAGUCGCUGGAUCAUCAGGGCAUCAACUUCAAACAGAACGAUAUCAAGGCAAUACGCUCCAAGGCACUAUUGAAUGAGAUAGAGACCAUUUAUGAUGAGCGACAGGAUGUCUCCCCUGACGGCACACCAGACUCCACCACCAGCAUCCCACAUCUCAGUUUUGUGUACAAAGACAAGUCCAUCAUCGAAGAUGCUGCAUCACUCAUUAUACAUCACAUGAAACGACAGAGUAGUAUCCAUAAGGAGGACAAACAAAAGAUUAAACUCCUGCUGAAGCAUUUCAUUCCCGACCUGUUCUAUACCCCGCGUCAAGAUCUCAGUGACGAUGAAAUGGACAAAGAUGACGAUGAGAUGGACACUGAUGAAGGUGGUACCGAUCGGGAGAAGGAGCGCUCUGACAGUGAGCGAUCAGAGAGGAAACGAGGGAGUGACUCAGACACAGGUCCAGGGGUGCGGGUGAAAACAGAGAAAACUGACAGUGUUCCAGAGCCGAAAUCAUCACCGGAAGUCAAUAAAGACAAGAAAGAAGCCGCAACUGAUGUUAAAGAAGAGAAGAUGGAUGUGGAGGAUGAUGAGUGUAAAGUUGAGGUGAAGACUGAGGAGACGCAGGAGGAACAGGACGAUGAUGAUCUAGCCGAUGACGAUCUCUACUCACUAUUUUUUGUGAACAACAACUGGUACCUGUUUUUCCGGCUACACCAAGUGUUGUGUGAGCGUCUCUAUACAAUAUUCCUUCACUCACAAAAAGUGGCAGAGGAGGAAGCGCAAUGUCGGAAAGAUCGGAAGGAAUCUACAGCAGUAGCUUUGAGGCUUAAAGCCCCAAGUGAAAUCGAGCCGGACGAAUAUUUCCCAUACUUCCUGGACAUGAUUAAGAAUGUUCUUGAUGGGAAUCUGGAGAGUUCCAGCUUCGAGGAUCAACUGAGGGAGAUGUAUGGAAUCCACGCAUACAUUGCCUUCACCAUGGAUAAACUGGUCCAGAAUAUUGUACGACAGCUGCAGCACAUAGUCGCCGAGGACAACUGUAUCAAAGUGAAUGAGAUAUUUAAUGAGGAGCGUAGAAACAAGGCUACGGGGGGACGUAUAGCAACUAUCCAUCAACGACAACCAUACGAGUGCUUGUACCAGAAACGUGCAGAACAACUGCUGGCGGAAGAGAACUGCUUUAAGAUUAUUAUUUACAAAAAGGAAUGCCGACUGACCAUAGAGUUACUGGACACCGAACACGAACCCGCUGAAGAUCCAGUAGAAGUGGAACGAUGGAGCGAAUAUGUUGAGAAAUAUGUGAACAACGACGAUACAGCUGCUGAUGAUCUUAAAGAUAUGCUUAACAGGAAACCAGUCUUCCUUAAGAGGAACGUGCGACAAGUCCGGCAGAAAAAUCGUGAACAGCAGAUUUUGGAUGAAGAGAGUGCGAAGGACAAAGAAACUGCAGACGAUGAUCGGCAUUCCAAUAAAUCCGUUCAGGACAAAAACGCAGGCAAGUCUGCAGAUCAGGUGAAAGAUGCUGACUCCGAGGCAGAUAAAAGUGCCGACAAAAAUGCAGACAAUGAAAAAAUGGACACGGAUGAAAUGGAAGGUGGGAAUGAUAAUACUGAAAAGCAGGACAAAGACGAUGCUGAUGAGGAGGAUGAGGAUAAUAACAAUGAGGAUGAGGAUGAGAAAGAGGAGAAACCCAGUGGGAAUGUGGAUAUUAUUGACAACACAGAGUGUAAAUUUAAUGUGAACUCUUUCAAGCUGGUGUAUGUAAUCAACAGUGAGAGCUACUUGUACAAGAGAAUGGCGCUGAAUAGAGCAAGGGAGUCACAUCGGAGGGUAUCAUUAAAACUGCAUCACAAGUUCAGUGAGUGGGUGGAGAAAUGGCGAAAAGGCCAUGUGACUAAAGAUCAGGAAAGUCGAUGUACUAAAUGGCUGCUAGGCGAGACGGGGGACAACCGACCAAAUGUCACAACAAAAGUGGAAAUUGACAAACCUGAUAAGUCGCCGUAUUAUCAGUACGCGAAAUAUCGAGUGAAAUUUUUGAAAGACAUUGAAAAUGAUUUGGAAUAGAAGCCUGGGUACCUUUAGAUUGUGAAGUCUUGGCAAUUAAUUAAUCAGUACAUGAAAUAUAAGGUGAAGUUUUUAAAGGACCCACAAAAUAGCUUGGAAUAGAAAUGAAAUUAUGUGAUUUUUUUUUUUUUCAACUAAAAUGGAUUUUGAGGCUUAAAGUCUUGAUUUAUGUUUUUUUUCUGGGUUCCAAAAAAUAAAUGGGCUUUGUUGUGGUAGUGCCUAUUUAGAGGUUUGUUACGAGGGUAGUUUUACAUGCGUUAGUUUAUGUUCUUUGAAACUAUGAAAAAAUAAGAAUUGUUCUUAUUUUUUCAUAGUUUAUAAAAGUGAUGGCUAGAUAUUUUGAACUCUUACAUUCUAGGGCUCUGUUUUAACGAAAGAAAAAAUAUUGUAAAACGAAUGUACAGACUUGUAAGGCAGCUGACUGUUUGAGUUGUUACUAUAAAUUAUAAAAAGUUGAAUUUCUCUGCCACUUUCUGGCACAUACCCCACAAAUUGUGUACAACCUAAAUAUCAACAUGAUUAUACACUCCAACGCACAUGGUACAGAAGAUAGAAAAAUGGGCUCUCAUGUGCUUAUCAAAUAUUGCUCUUUUGUAUGAAAAAGCCCGAAAUCUUAUUGCUUGGCAUCAAAUUUUUUAAAAAGCCCUGCUAUAUAAUAUUCAGAAUUUGAGCAAGUCCGGUAAGCAUUUUACCAGUGUAGGGCUUGUGCUAAUUUUGAUCACUGUUGUUAGUACAGUACAGCUUUUAACUUCUGUCUUGUUAAGCUGUAUCAAAUGGAAAAGAGGAACAGUACUGAAUUUUACUGAAGUAAAUAUGCUAAGAUACUCAUAGAUUUUGCACAGGGGAAAAAUUGUGGGGAAAAUAAUGUAAAAUUUUAUUUAUCAAAACCUUGAAUCCUAAAAUAUCCUAAUCCUGCAAAGGAUAAUUUUGAAUAUAUUACGUGGAAAAUGAUGAUAUACUACACAGUGAAAUAGUACAAAGUACGGAUUAGUGGUUCAGUGUACCGAAAUUAUGUAGAUUUGUGGAGUUAAGUUAUAUUGACAUUUUUUGUACAGUAGUGUAGACAUUGCCAUGGUUGAUGUCAUUUACGAAUGGAUUAAGAAGAAAUGAAAUUGUAAUAUACUGCCUGUCAAAAUGUUUUUAAAAUUGUCGUUGAAGAAUUAUGACCAUAUCUUUAAAUGGAGGAAUGAUAGCAAAACGGUUCUAUCUGUGUGAUUAUUCUACGUCUCAUAGAACCUUAAUGCUCUUAUCCCCAAGAUUGUACAUGUAUGUGUUUUGUUUAUGAAACUUUAUUGAUCAUAGAUAUAUGACAUUUUUUGUCAUUUUUUCAUACCAUAAUUCAUGUAUAUCGUGAUCAUUUCAAAAUUCAUGUAUUUUGUAAUAAAACUAUUAUGUAAACAUUAAACAUGUACAUAUAUCUCCACACCUUUAUAAUUCCAUCUUCGAUCAUUGUUUACAAUAUCACUACAUCAUCAUGGAAUAAACAUGAAACACUA